AUGUCAUCCCUAAAAAAUAUAAAAGUUGUGCGCCCUCGGGGAAUCGAACCCCGGCCUUCACCUUGGAAGGGUGAAAUUCUACCACUAAACCAAGAGCGCUUUGAUGUUGUUGUCAAGCCUGUAAAUGUUGAUGGAUCGGAUGCCUCAAAGAAUCACGUGACUAGCCGGGUUAGUCCGACCCGAAGUCCGGACCUUGACGUAGACAUGCCUCUAGAAAUCGAACUUAGGCUUAAGAAGACCAAGAACCAGAAAAGGAGAUUUGUACCAGUCAAGAAUAAUCACAUGAAUAGGAAAAGGCCCAAACCGAAUAACACCACUUAA